AUGCCGGAAAGUGCCGGGAGCCCUGGCGGAGCCGAAGGGACCCAGACAGCCCUGGAGUUGGAAGUCCCGUCUCGGGGAAGCUCUCCGUGCUCGGAGCAAAUGCCCGGCACCACGGAAGAGGUGUAUCGUGCCGAAGGGUUAGAAGGCUGUCCGGGGGAGGCACCGGUGCAGUAUGGUGUGAGUUAUCCUUGUCUUCUGCGUCAAAACCAAGUGCUUCUGACAGCCCUAGAGGAGUUGCAGAUGCGCUGUGCCAGCCUGAAGAAGGAAAACAGUCUGCUGUGUAGGACCUGCUUCCCAGAGACUCAGGAGAAGGUGAGGCAUUUGAAGAGAAAGAAUGCAGAGCUGGCGGUCAUUGCAAAACGUCUGGAGGAGAGGGCCAGGAAGCUGCAAGAGGCCAACCUCAGAGUGGUGAAUGCACCAAUAAAUGUGAAGAGCUCCUGUGCAGGACUGUGCAAAAGAGCGCUGGCACGCCAAAGGGCCACAGAUCUCCAAGAACAAGCCAAUGCACUCCUGAUGAAAGACAAACAGAUCAAUGCUCUGCAGAGGGAAUGUCAAGAACUUCAAGCUAAAAUCAUGGGUGGAAAGGAAGGUCCUCCAUGCCUGCCUCUUCUAGAUUUCCAGCAUUUACUCCGAGAAUCUCAGAAGGAAGUGCUGCGGUUACAGAGACAGAUUGCUUUGAAGAAUUUUAAGGCAGCCCUGGAGCCCUCUGGCCAGGGAUCAGGAGACAUUGCUGUAGAUUUUACAGUGGACUUGGGGCUCACCACAUCAGCCAAUACUACCUGCUCAAAUGGUUUUUCUCCUACAAGGGUAUCACAGCCAUGGGAGGAACUGUGCAUAGCAGUGGAGGAGACCAGCCAGUCAGAGACGGGAGUGUUUCCUUUCGGGAGAGUGCAAAGAAGAGAAGAACCAUUGUUUUCUGCCCCUGAAGUCAAAAAGCACGUGAAGCAUUUGGACUCUGAGCUCACAAAAAAGAGGAAGCAAUGUGAACAUCUGGAGUAUGAAGUGAAGAAGAAGCACAAGCGAUGUGCAGAGCUUGAGAUCGAACUGCAGGAAGUGCGGAGCGAUAAUGCCCGACUCUCUGAGGAGAACGCCGUGUUACAGGGGCAAGUCGAGUGGACAGAGAAGGUUGAAUCUGAAAAUGCUGACUUAAGGCUGCAAGUUUCUGUAGUGACGGAGGAACGGGAUUCAGCUCUUCAGAAAACCCAGGAACUCCAGGACAGGCUGGAGAGUCUCGGGCAGGCACUCAAGCACAUGAGAGAUGUUGCAGAACGAAGGCAGCAGCUGGAACAUCAGCACGAGAAGGCCUUGCAGGCCUUGCAGAAGAAAAAAGAUGAAGUCCGACAGCUGCAGCAGGCUCAGGCUGAAGCUAGGAAAGAACAUGAAGGAGCAGUGCAGCUUUUAGAGAAUUCCUUGGAUUCUAUGCAGGCCCGUGUGAGGGAGUUGGAAAACCAAUGUCACAGUCACACAGAACAGUUUAACUUCCUCUCUCAGGAACUUAAUCGAUUUUGCCUCCAAACUGGGAAAUUAGGUCUUCCAUCAACUCCCUCCUUCUGUUCUUCCCUGCUGACUUCAGAGAUUGUCUUUGCUACUUGCAAGAGUUCUCCGCAGCUCCCCAAUGGCUUCAAGCAGAAAGGUGACCUGGCACUUCGGCCUGUGGUGUCUCCUGUGGCCCGAAGUCCAGACACAAGCAGUCCCCCAGUUGCCUCAAAAAAAGCAAUCAAGAAAUUGGAAGCCCAGUCCAGCUCUUCCAGAUCUGAGUCCAUGCACAACAACAGCCCCAAAUCCUGCCCCACUCCCGAGGUGGAUACAGCCAGUGAAAUGGAGGAAUUGGACGUUGACAGCAUCUCAUUGGUACCUGAGCAGGAAAACCAUGAUCCAGUAAAACUUCAGGUCUUCUUGGCUCGAUAUAGUUACAAUCCUUUUGAUGGCCCCAAUGAGAAUCCUGAGGCUGAAUUACCACUUACAGCUGGCGAGUAUAUUUACGUUUAUGGAGAAAUGGAUGAAGAUGGCUUUUUUGAAGGGGAGCUGAUGGAUGGCCGGAGAGGCCUUGUCCCUUCCAACUUUGUGGAGCGACUUGCAGAUGAUGACCUGGUUACUUUCUUGCCUCAGGAACUCCAUGAUCUCUCCCAAAGCUCCCCUCUUGAGCGGAGUUUUCUCAGCAUAAGCAUCAGCAGUGGAGAGAGAAGUGAUUAUUCACUGGAGGAGCUCAAUGCCAGCACAGCUCCCUCUAGGCUAGAAGGGGACCAAGGAGAAGGAGGUAUUUCCAUUGCAGUGCCUUAUCCCAGAAAGGUGACUCUAAUCAAACAGUUUGCCUCUAGCCUCUUGGUGACAUGGGAUCCACCACUGGUGCCUAGUGGAAGCUGCUUGGAUGUCCAGAGCUACAAUGUGUUUGUAGAUGCUGAACUCCGGGAAAAUGUGAAGGCCAGUUCCCAGAUGAAGGCCAUGAUCGACAGACUGGACUUGAAAACAAAAGCCUAUCGUGUCUCCAUACAGAGUGUUUCUGAGAAGGGGAGCUCAGACAGACUGCAGUGCACGUUCCUGGUGGGAUGUGGUUUUGUCUUAGCUCCAAGCCAGCUCCAAGUGCGGAGUGUCAAGGCCACUUCCGUGGAGCUCUCCUGGAUGUCAAGCAACAGCAACUUCCCACAUACCAUAUACCUCAAUGGGGGAGCAUGUGAUAUAGUGAAGGCUGGAAUAUAUUGGUACACUUUUCACAAUCUGAAUCCAAACACUUCCUACAUUGCCACAGUCGAAAUCCAGCCUCAACAGACUUUCUGGAAAACGUUUCCAGAGGUGGAAGAGCAGGUCUUGUCCACAGAGAUCCAGUUCACGACAUCUUCAGCAGGGUCUCCAGAUGCUCCGCUGGAUGUCCGAGUGGAUCCCGGCCCCACAUCUGGUAUUCUGGUCAUCAGCUGGUUGCCAGUCACCAUUGAUGCUGAAGGAUCAUCCAAUGGAGUGCGCGUCACCGGCUACGCAGUGUAUGCUGAUGGACAAAAGGUGAUGGAAGUUACCUCUCCAACAGCUGGUAGUGUCCUAAUUGAGAUUUCCCAGCUGCAGAUCCUCCAGCUCUGUCAGGAAGUGACUGUAAGAACUGUGUCUCUUUAUGGAGAAUCGGUGGAUUCUGUGCCAGCUCAGAUCCCCUCGGCGUUGUUGGAACAAGUAGACUGCUCUUCUGAAUCUCAAUUUCACUGUCACCCCUCCCGGCUUCUGGGUGGGGAAGCACAGGCUCUUGUUGUCACACGAACGUCUCAGGUUCCAGGGGAAGAACUGCCUUCUGCCACUAAGAACUCAGUUGCCAAACUCACCGUGCAGUCCACUAUUACCAGUGAAAAAUCUGGGGAUCAUGUGCAUUCAGAGACAUCCUCCAGUGUCAAGGAUCCCUUGACACCAAUGGUGCAGGCUGCGUCGCCAGAACUUGGAACUCUUCCAAGAGACGAAGAGAAUUAUCUUCUGGCUUCUGCAGGCAGUGUGGUGAAGGGAGACCUGACUGUGCUCAAGGAGGAGGAAUCUGGAGAAGACAUCCAGGAACUGCUGCUCACUGUGACAAAACAGGAGCCACGCAUUUCAGACAGUGGUGCUAAUAGCCUGGAGACCUUUGAAAGCUGCUCGGCAGAACAGGGGACAAAUGCCCCACCAGAAAGAGAGCCAGAUAACAGCCAGAGUUCCCUGGAACCCCCCAUGGACAGACCUUCCAAGGAAGAAGACAGCGCCACUGGGGAGCAAGCAGAGAAAAGAUCAGAUCCAGGAAAUCGGACAUUAAAUCUUCUAACUGACCACAAUCGUGGUUCUGACCUUUCUGAUAUUACGGAGGAAGAGGAGGAAGAGGACGAGAAGGAGGAGGAAGAAGAGAAGCCAGUUUCUGGUAGACCAGGGGAAAUGAAAUGGAAUCCAAGUGAAUAUGGCGGCAGAGAGAAUGGAGACAAGUUGGAUCUUGGUGAUACUGACAGCGAUGAAGAAAUCUUGGAACGGAUUCUGGAAAUGCCAUUGCAAAAAAAUCGCAGCAAGGCUCUGUUUAGUAUUCCUGAAGUGACUGAAGAGGAGGAGGAGCAAGAACAGAAGACUGUGGAAAGUUUCCAGAGUAAGCUUCCUAAUCAUACCAGAAGAGCACAAGAUCCUCCCUGUUCUUGGUCUAGAAGAAACCACAAUCUUUCAGAGCUGAUCUUACCUGAAAAGACCCUUCUACAGACGUUGAGAGGGGAGUGUAUGAAUGAAACGUCCAGUUGCUCUGGAAGAUGGGAUGGUGAAGAUAUAACCUAUCAGUGGGAUGAUCGAAAGAAACCAUCAAGAUCUCCUCUUUUGGAAUGGAGAAAAUCCAGUCAUUGCAAGGAGAAGACACGUGUCCAAUCCCAGGGACAUAGGAAGCGAAAAGGAGACAUCCGCGAGCCCAGUGUUUCUCUGCGGAGCAAUUCCUACUACACCGGAGGUGGUCUUUACAGAGUGCAGAGCCUCACAGAGAAUUUGAAUGUGAUCACCAGCCUUGAGAUGGAGGAUGAUUUGAAGCUCUGCAGCUGGGCAGGACAAAGGCUGGAUCAAGUUCCUCCAAGGAGAAUGAUGCCCCAAGAGAAAAGGGAGAAAGCUGUGCAAAGCCUCCCUCGCUGCCUCAGGCCAGAGAAUUUGGAGAUUGACAUUGAAUAUGAUUCAAACGAGGAAGAGGAUUUAACCAUCACUUCCACACCAGUGACAGGUAAUCCUGGGUUGUUGGACUCAACAUCUUACCAGUCUCCUGUCCAGAGAGGCAGAAGGUCUCCGAGAAAAAGCCAAGAAGGGACCCCACCUCUCAGUGGAACUAUUGGAACUUGGAGGAGUCCUUCCAUUGAAUCAGCAGACGACAAGGGCUCAGCACGUCUGUUUGUGGCUCUUUUUGACUAUGACCCUGUUUCGAUGUCCCCUAAUCGGGAUGCUGCCGAAGAGGAGCUCCCAUUUCAAGAGGGCCAGAUUCUGAAGGUCUAUGGUCACAAAGACGCAGAUGGUUUCUACAGAGGGGAAUGUGCAGGAAGAACAGGGUUCAUACCCUGCAACAUGGUGUCUGAACUCCGGGUGGACAGUGACAGUGCAAGAAAACAGCUGUUAGAAGAAGGCCACAUUUCUACUGAUAUGCUGAUGGAAAAUCUAGAAGCACCUGGAAAGCAAAAUCCGAGUUCUGAGGACCCUGUAAGAACAAUGGUGGCCAUUUUUGACUACAAUCCCCAAGAGAAUUCUCCUAAUCCAGACACCGAGGUUGAGCUCAGAUUUUGUGCUGGGGACAUUGUGACUGUGCUCAGUUCCAUGGAUGAUGAUGGGUUCUACUAUGGGGAGGUAAAUGGACAGAAAGGUCUUGUUCCAUCUAAUUUCCUGGAAGCUUUGCCAUCAGACGGAGCACUGGCAAAUCGUUACCGGCUAAAGGUGAGAGAAUCAGAAAGUCAGGCUCACCCACAGUGA